AUGCCGGGAGCAGAAUUCACUGACAGAAUAGGCGAAAGUUCUUUACCAUCGCCAGUUGCAUGGCAUGAAAAGCCUGCUAUACGACAAGUUACUUGGAGGGCGACUUUAGUAGGUUUGAUAAUCGGGUCAUUGGUUCUCGUCUCUAACUUCCAAUUUGGACUUCAGACAGGUUGGGUGUCUAUGAUGUCAAUGCCAUCGGCUCUUUUGGCUUGCAGUUUUUUCCGCCGAAUAUGGCCAUUAAUAUUUCCAAAGGAUCCUCCGUUCACGGAUGUCGAGACGGUGUACGUCCAAAGUAUGGCAGUAGCCGUUGGAACAGGACCCUUGGCUUACGGAUUUGUAGGUGUAAUUCCGGCAAUCGAGAAGUUUGUUACUAGAGAAGAAAGUGGCUAUUCAAGAGACCAGGGUCAACUAUUUACAGUGGGCCAACUUAUAGUUUGGUCCAGCGCACUUGCAUUUUUUGGAAUAUUCUUUGCCGUACCACUACGAAAGCAAGUUAUUGUAAGAGAAAAACUUCCAUUCCCCAGUGGUAAUGCGACUGCAGUUUUGAUUGCCGUCCUAAGUGGCUCGGAGAUCCUGCAAGAGGUAAGUCGUCGUGAGCUCCUGCAAAUGAGAAAUAGAAGAUUAGACGAAUGCGCAGAGGUGCUACGACCUGAAGAUGAUGACGAUUCUUCUGAGCACGAAUCAGAGCAUGAAUUGGUGCAUUCUUUUGAACAAAGACGUGACUCAAAUACUUUGCGUUCUGAAGAAACAGAACGAGAUGCUUACGGUAAAAAUAUCAGUGUUUUAUCCAAAACGUUUACACUUUCUGCUGCGUAUACAAUCACUUCUUACUUUUUACCUAUGCUAAGAUCUAUUCCUUUAUUUGGGAAAUACGCAUCCAGGACGUAUCUUCUAGAUUUUCAGCCAUCUCCUGCCUACAUUGGUCAGGGUAUAAUAAUGGGGCUCGCUACGGUGUCCUACAUGCUAUUUGGGUGUUUGCUUGGGUGGUGUGUGCUAGCUCCGUUGGCGCGCAAUAGAGAAUGGGUGCCCCCUGAUGCUGACGUUGAUGAUUGGGAAAGGGGCGCGCAUGGGUGGAUUUUAUGGUCUUCACUGUCAAUAAUGGUAGUAGAUAGUGUUGUUGGAUUUAUGGUUGUGACAGUUAAAUCAAUCGUAAAUUUUUGGCUUGUAAGCGAUAAGGCUCAGCUGUUAGCUGAUUAUUGGGAUGAUUCAUUCGAAUCAAUGCUAUUAGAAGAAGAAAGAGUUAUCAAUAGUCGAAGGAAUACUAAUGCGAGCGGACCGCAGAAUACAAUAAGACUUGUCUAUGCCGAAGAUGAUCAUGAAGUAGCACCAGAACAUCUAGUCAAGUACACAACUGUUAUUUGUGGAUUAAUUUUCUCCUCCGUCAUUUGUAUCGUUCUGAUAAUAUAUCUAUUUGGGGUCAAUAUUAUUCCGAUAUACGCCAUGAUUACAGCAUUGUUAAUUGCUCUAUUCUUGUCAGUUCUGGGAAUUCGCGCCUUAGGGGAGACAGACCUGAACCCUGUUAGUGGAAUCGGUAAAAUAUCACAGCUAAUUUUUGCUGUGAUCGCUCCUCGUAACCAUCCGGGAUCGGUGCUGUUGAAUUUGGUUGCUGGAGGAGUUGCCGAGGCUGGUGCUCAACAAGCUGGUGACUUGAUGCAAGAUUUGAAAACCGGCCACCUUCUAGGUGCUUCUCCUAGAGCUCAGUUCGUUGCUCAGAUCUUGGGCGCGACCUGGUCAGUUUUUCUGUCGAGUAUAGUGUACAUCUGCUACAAUAAAGUAUACCAUAUUCCAGACAAACAAUUCCGUAUACCAACUGCUGUCGUAUGGGUCGAUUGUGCCCGGUUAGUUACCGGAAAAGGCCUACCAAAGAACGCGCUAGAAUGUUCAUUGAUUCUAGGAGGAGUUUUUGGGGGCUUAUCUCUUAUUAAAAACUGCUGUCGUGAUCGUCACUAUACAUGGUUGAAAUACGUUCCUUCUGGUGUCGCCGUGGGAGUGGGGAUUUAUAAUACGCCGAGUUUCACAUUCGCCAGGUUCGCAGGUGGCCUGGCGUCUCACAUCUGGCUAAAAAAUGGAAAGCACAAUUUGAAUGCAAAGACAAAGCUGAUCGUUUUCAGCUCCGGCUUGAUUCUUGGUGAAGGAAUCUGUAGCAUGAUCAAUAUGCUAUUCACCAACUUUAAUGUACCGCAUUUCUGA